AUGGCCUCCGAAUUUUCUCCAUCAAAUAUCCAGGGCAGUAGUCCCUCGGGCCAGAACUCAAGCCCCAGCAACAAGCCCAAAGAGUCCUCCCCGAAUGGCGGUGUCGAGCUCAAGACGAUGCGGCCCAAUGCGCCGCCCUCAAUCCCGAUCGGAGAAGACAUCAUGCAGUUAGCUCGCAUUGGGGAGAUCGGUGCUAUGCAGAACCUAUUCAACACCAAGAAGUUGUCUGCAAACUACCGUGAUGAGGAAGGCAUUACCCCACUUCAUUGGGCGGCUCUUAAUAACCAAUAUGCGAUGUGCAAGUUCCUUCUCGACUCUGGCGCCGACGUCAACGCGAAGGGCGGAGAAUCCGUAGCGACUCCAGCCAUGUGGGCGACACAGCGAUCACUUUACUAUAUCGUCGACCUGCUCCUUCAAUAUGGCGCCGAUCCGCUGCUCACCGACGUCCAAGGCUUCAACAUGUUUCACCUCGCGACCGUCGAUGGCAAUGCAUUCCUCCUGCUGCUGCUUCUUCAACAAGAACUUCCCGUGGACGAGACAGACCCGCUAGGCCACACUGGAUUGAUGUGGGCGGCGUAUAAAGGGUACCCAGUUUGUGUGGAUUUAUUCCUCCGCUGGGGAGCCAAUGCGAAUGCAGUGGAUCAAGCUGGAUUGACCCCCCUUCACUGGGCUCUGGUAAAAGGAUCGCUGCCAUGCGUGCGCAAACUACUCGAAUAUGGUGCCGACCGCUUCGCGAAGACCCGGGACGGAAAGUCGCCCUUCACGGUGGCCCAGGAAAUGAACUCGUUGCGUGUUUGGAAUCGUGCCCUGGACGAGCGCGGCUUCGAAUCGGAUGGCUCUCAAAAACCCGCGCCCAUGGGGAUGGCCUAUCUUAUUAAGAACAAAAGCUUGAUGGCCAAAUUUUUCUUUUUCUGGCCCUUUAUAACGGUUUUCAUUGCGUUGUGGAUGCUGAGUAAUUUGGCUAUCUAUAUCGGGGUGCCUGUGGCAGCAGCGACGGUCUUCGGAAUGCAGACUGGUGCGCAGCAGGUCGCGAAUAACGGCCCAUGGAGUUCCGCAACCUUCAUCAGACUCCCUACCUCGCGGGUAUUUUUGCAGGCAGUCUAUUUUGGGUCGGAGUGCGCUUUGCGCUCCAAGUCCUACCAGGUAAAAAUUGAGGCUCUCCCGCUCCCGGAAGCUACGAUAGCUAACGAAAUACUAGUCACAUUCUCCGUUGCUCCAAUCUUGAGCAUUUUUUUCAGUGUCUUCUAUUCGCUGACCACUUUCUUCUACGCUAUGGCCAUGCUCGAAGACCCGGGCUACGUUCCCAGAACCAGCAGCCAGAACAGCCAGAGAGAAGAGGUCAAGCAGCUGGUCGAGCAAUGGAAGUUUGAUGAAGUCAACUUCUGUGUUCCCUGCUUAUCAAGGAAGCCACUUCGCAGCAAGCACUGCAGGCAAUGCAACCGCUGCGUCGCCAAACAUGACCAUCAUUGCCCCUGGAUUUUUAACUGCGUUGGCGCCAAUAACCUCCGCCAUUUUGUCCUCUACAUCGUCUGCUUGGAAGUGGGCAUUAUCCUGUUUGUCCAGCUGAGCAUCAAAUGUGAGUUGCGGCGGCCUCAAUGCCAUCCCUCGGCCAAGGAUGCCAAAUGCACCUUUCUCAACGAUACCCUUUGUGAUUACGUUUCUCGGGAUACAUUCACCCUUGUCUUGACCAUUUGGACUACGGUUCACUUGGUUUGGGUCACAAUGCUAUGCGCUGUCCAGCUGAUUCAGGUUUCACGCAACCAGACAACGUAUGAGAACCUGAGGGGCCACUCGGCCGAUAUGGCGACCCCCAGCGCCCGGGCUUUUGCCUCCGCCAUGACCGCAGGCACUACGUCGAUGGAAGGAGCUGGCCUCUCCGCUGCAGGUCAAGGCCCCAACCCGGCCCUGCCUGGUGCACACCAACAUCACCACCACCGUCGACGCAAUGGUCGCAAUGGGUGCCUUUCGCAGUGGUCUGCCAUCCUGGGCAUCGACUCCUUUUUCAUCACCGCAAGGGACGGUCUCCGCGAUGGCGCACACUCAAGACAGCCCCGCAACCCUUUCUCUCGCGGGGUUGCCACCAACUGCCGCGAUUUCUGGUGUGACCCGGCUCCGAUCUUCUCCAAGCGCGAUUCUGGCUACGCCAUGCUGGGGGGCGAAGUGGUGAGCUAUUACGACAUGUACGAAUUACCAGCACGCCUGCACACUGGCAGUCGCUCUAGCGAAGGACCAACCUAUCGCAGCGUGGCGGCAGAGGAUCCCGAGAGCUUGAAUUAA